AUGGUGCAAGCCGACCAUGAUGACUACACUAUUGAGGGUCAAAACUUUGGGAUUCGUUCCAACGCCGAGUUUAAUGAAUCUGUUGACAAGAACGAGGACCUUUAUGGUAAUAACUCUUUCAUUAUGAGUAGAGUUCAAUCAAAGGAAGACAUUGAGAAAACGAUAGAAGUCUAUGGUCAAAAGUGGAAAGUUUUGAAGAGAUUCAAAGUGCUGGGGACACGAAAUAUGAUGAUUACAAAUCAGUAUCCUAUGAUAGAGGUCUCCUAG